AUGGAGGUAAAAUCACCUCCUUUGACAAGCUGGGAACGAUGUUACCCUCAAAUCCCAAUCGAAACCACAGUUUGGUACCGCUCCAACGCCGCGCUGCGCUCAUGCGGGAACGGCCUCUUGCCGAAGCGCCGGCUCGGGCACAUUGGCCUUGUAGAAGUCCACCAGGAUCAGUAUACGCACCAUAAUCAGUCCAGGCACAACAAUCAGGCACUAGUAGAUACCUCACCGGAUGCCCACCACCACCUACUCAAAGACGAAGCGGACUGGGUCUUCACACUCACUGCGCUACCUCCACCAGGGUACACUCUCAAAGAUAUCGUAAAGGUGGCCGCGCCGUGCGUCUGUAGUGUGAUCAUUGCGAUGCUGUGGAUCGCGCUGAGGGGCGGCGAUACACAUACCGCGGUCACGUUCGUAACUUUUAUUUUUAUGGCCAAUGUUGGUAGGUCUGUCCCUGCUGAGAUGGGGAGUAGAGGGUUCAGCGGCUGA